CACCGGCGAAAAAGAGAAAACGAUGGGGAAAUCUACAGAGAUUCCGGCGACAUCGAGGUAUCUUAAAAAGGAAGAGAAAGCUGUUAAAUCACAGAAACCUCCUUUCAGACCUGCCGUCGAUGACACCAAACCUGUCCUUCAGGACCCCAUUUUGAGGUCGGAUCCAAUGGAGACAGAAGAAGCUGUGCUGAGAUUGCCCACUUUCCCAGUGAUGAUGAGACCAUCUGAAUCGUAACGAGCUUUAAGAGCAGAAAAGUGUAGUUCAGCACACCAGAGCGAGUGAGUUUCCAAAAACAAGACUCAAAAGCAUUCCUUGUCCCAUACACCAUUACUAUCACAUAUGACAUAUGCAAAACUUAAUGAUGUAAAAUUGGUUUCCUGUAACGAAAGAGACGCUUUGUUACCAUCGAUCGAAAAUGUUGUUGUUUUCCAAGUUUCUAAACUGAUA